AUGACAGUUCCUACUGUUCUGGACUUUGUCGAAGAUCAGAGUAAGAUGUCGCAGUUAACGAAUAUGUUAAAAGAGCACAGCAAGAAGCAACACCUUCGAAAAGAAAUACAAGAAAAGCUGAAAAACGAAGCAGUUGUGGCUGCUCAAACUUUAUCAACUGCAGUUGUGGACCAUCUAAAUGCUAAAGUUGCCCAAGCUUACGGAAACCAAAAACGUCUCGAUGUGGAAGCAAAACGUUUUGAGAAUAAUUCAGCGGCAUUAGCAAAGCAAACGGAGCAGUGGCUUUUUAUCACGGAAGGCUUGAACUAUGCUCUGAAGGAAAUCGGAGAUGUGGAAAAUUGGUCACAAACAAUUGAAAACGAUAUGAAGAUAAUCACAGAAACCCUUCGAAGAGCAUAUGAAGCUAAAAAUCUUCCCGCAGUGUCCCCAAGUCAAACAACCGGAAGUUCCUCAGGAAAUCCUGCUAGUCAAUGA